AUGAAGACCUCCCCGGGGCUGUCCCUGGCCGCCCUCGCCGGGAUAUGCCUCGCAGGCGUCUGCCAAGGGCAGCAGGGCACGCCAUCAUCGCCCGGCGCCCGCGCCCUCCUCCCACCACCACCACCACCACACAGCAACGCCGCCGAGGCGCUGAUACAACCGCGCUCUUUAUCGACCGUUCUGCAACAAGUGCCAUCCUGCGCAAGGCCAUGUGUUGAAAACGCCACGGCCGCAACGCGCGACAGCUGCGCCGACGGCACCUGUCUCUGCGCCGACAGCAGCACGGAAAGCACCCUGAGCGCAUGCGUCGCCGCGGCGUGCACGCUCGCCGAGGGCAUCGCGACCAAGAACUACACCCAGGCGGCGUGCGACGUGCCGCGGCGCGACCGGGCGACGCCCUUUGACGUGGCGUCGAUUACGCUCUGCGCCGUGACGGGCGUCAUGGUGCUCGCGCGGCUGCUCUUCAAGGGCUGCUACAGCUACGCGCGGCGGCUCGGGCUCGACGACUGGUUCAUCAUCGCGUCCGUCGCCGUGGGGCUGCCGUGCACCAUCAUCAACACCGUCGGGCUGACGCGGCACGGGCUCGGCAAGGACGUGUGGACGCUGCCGCCGGCCACCAUGGAGACGUUUGGCCGCUACUUUUACGCGCAGCAGAUCCUGUACCUCUUCCUCGUCACCAGCAUCAAGAUGAGCCUGCUCUUCUUCUACCUGUCCAUCUUUCCCGGCCGCGGCGUCCGCGCCGUGCUGUGGCUCACCAUGGCCGUCACCGCCGUCUUUGGCCUCACCUUUAUGCUGCUCUCCGUCUUCCAGUGCACGCCCGUCCGCUUCUACUGGCUGCGCUACGUGCAGCCCCUCGACGGCCACUGCACCCGCAUCAACCUGCUCGGCUGGAUCCAUGGCGGCGUCAGCGUCGCUAUUGACGUCUGGAUGAUUGGCAUCCCGCUCUUCCAGAUCCGCAAGCUCGAGCUGCACUGGAAGAAAAAGGUCGGCGCCGCCAUCAUGUUUCUGACAGGCACCUUGUACGUAUUUUCUUCUCUCUCUCUCUCUCUCUCUCUCUCUCUCUCAUUGCUACAUUCGCUGGUGACUAACACACCAAAACACAGAGUCACCAUCGUUUCGGCCCUGCGGCUGCGCUCCCUUAUAUACUUUGCCAACUCCAUCAACCCCACGUGGGACGAGGUGCCCGUCGCGCUGUGGGCGACGAUUGAAAUCAACGUAGGCUUAAUGUGCGCCUGCCUGCCCACGCUGCGCCUCAUCCUCGUGCGCAUGUGGCCCCGCGUCUUUGGCAGCACAAUCAACUCCCUCUCCCAGAGAUCUGCCGUCUCGCACAGGACCAGCACAAGCGCCUAUGCGCGCAAGGUCAAGGUCCGACCCCCCAGUGUCGACACUGAUACGGCACCCAUAAGUCCUCGCUUAGUAGAGACUAACACGGCAUUCGAACUGGAUGCUAAAUACCCAACCUGGGAGGACCGCGAGCAGCCCGGCCAUCUGGAGGAUAGUGACAAUCCCGAACAUGACUCGACCGCCUCAUUCGAAAAUGAGUGUCAUGCUAAAUAG